UUCAAAGUACUAUAAAUAUGGUGCUUCUUCUUCUAUGCCCAAUCACAAGUUCCUAAGUUAUCUUAAUCCUAUCAGCUCUUAGAUCAGUGCUACUCUUCGAUCCCUUUCUCCCCACUUUCAAUGGCAAGAAUGUCAGAACCUCUCAUUGUUGGGAGAGUGAUAGGAGAUGUGCUUGAUUCUUUCACGCCAAGCAUAAAAAUGACUAUCACUUACAACACCAAGCAAGUCUGCAACGGGCAUGAGCUCUAUCCUUCAACAGUAACCACCAAACCUAGGGUUGAGAUUCAAGGAGGCGACAUGAGAUCUUUUUUCACACUGGUCAUGACAGACCCAGAUGUUCCCGGCCCUAGUGAUCCUUAUCUAAGGGAGCACCUGCACUGGGUUGUCACAGACAUUCCAGGCACAACAGAUGCCACAUUUGGAAGGGAGGUGGUGAGCUAUGAGAUUCCAAGGCCUAACAUAGGGAUCCACAGGUAUGUGUUUGUUCUGUUCAAGCAGAAACGCAGGCAAUCAGUAAACCCACCUUCUUCAAGUGAUCACUUCAGCACCCGAAGUUUCGCAGCGGAAAAUGAUCUCGACCUCCCAGUUGCUGCUGUUUACUUCAAUGCACAGAGAGAAACAGCCGCAAGAAGACGCUAAUUAGUUAAGUGAAAGCCCAAAAACUCCAUGUCAGUGAAUAAAGUACUGGAGUUCUCUCUCUAUAGCAAGGCUUUGUUUAAGUACCAUAAGAUCUUCAUUUUAAACCCAUUCGGCAUUUUGUGAUCGAAAGAUCAAUCGCUCUCUGUUUGUGACGCUCAUGUUAUGAUUUGGUUUCCAAUUAAAAGCUUAAAAA